AGGGCUGAGCAUCAUGUUUUUCCUUUUACAUAGCAUAAAGUGCUUGUUAUAGAGGCAGUCAUGAUUGUAUCAUCAAAUGUAAGUUCCUUCUCUGUGCUCAAUACACACUUCCUUUUGUAGUGCUAGUCUAUCAACUGUUAUGCGUUCAUGUGGGGUGACCCUCUACACAUCCUUCUAGUGUCUUGUCUUUUGUGUCAUAUCCGAUUCACUCCUAACUACUGGUGCGAUUUAUGGAACACACACCUGCUCUCCACUUUUGCAUCAUAUUCCGUUCUUCCUGUAAUGGUUUCAGGACACCCUUAAGUUGUGGUAUUUUUUUUUUUUUUUGGAGUUCUGUGUAUUAAAUAAUGCAAGCUCCAAAAGGUGUCAUCUGAUACCUUACUUAGAACCCUAUUUAUGCAAAUCACAGACUUCAGAGGGAUGUCUUCCCCACCUCCCUAACAAAAACAACUUCAUAUGUUCUCUGAUCAGCAGACUGCGCUUUCACGCCCGUGUUACUGCCAAAUGGACCCAUUUUGUCUUAAACAACAAAGCAAAAAAAAAAAAAGUGUUGGAGUGGAUACAAUAAAUGGCGUUCCCCAUAAAGCAGGUGUAGGUGCAACUUCAGAUUAUUCAAAAUUACUUUCCAGAAAUACAGUUUUCAAGGAAAGAUUGACAAAGCUUGAUGCGUUUUUUGUACUUCAAAAACAUCAUUUAAAAGCAUUUUACACAUUCUGAAUUUGAAUGUACUUAUCUGUAAUGGAUCGUUUCCUUUGAAGUACGAUGUCGUGGGUUUUUUUUGUGGUUUUUUUUUUCUGGACAUGGAUGUGUUCUGGGGAAACUAACUUGAUGACGAGCACUGUGUAGUUUACCUGUUCCUUUUUUUUCUCUUUGGGCUCUGACUUUAAAGUAACCCAGGACAAAUACAUAAUCUAAAAUAUUUCUAAUACUGAAAUUAUAACACUAUCUAUAUCCAAUAUGCCAUACACUACUAGCCAGGCAUUAACAUUUACUCUCCAUUGCAAGCCUGUAGGAUCCAUGGCACACUCGCCAAGGGUGAAUUUUUAUGUGCGUUUGCUACAUUUUCACAUUGAGUAUACAUUUUGAACUUUGUGUUCCUCUAUAAGAAGCUCAAUUAGAACAAAAAGUUUAAAACAAAUCUAAAAGGUUGAAUACGUGAUAAACCUCACACGUAAACAAAAGUGCUCUCGUACUUUUACUUUACUUUCUCAUGAGCAUAGUUAUAAAAUGUGUACCAGCAAAAACCAGAAAAGCAGGAUAUUGUGCAUCUCCUUCAAAUGUUAUUUUAAGUUAAAGUAUUUCAUAUCUUUUCAAAGUAUCUGCAUUAUGAGAUUCAAUGGGUAUUCUGGAUAUAUCUUACAUUUUCUGUACUAGUUUAAAAAAAACAAUAAACAAACAAUAAAAAAGAGGCAGAUCACCCCCCCCCCCUUCCGCCCCAUAACUUUGCGAACUGCCAGUCUGGGAAAUAAGCCUUAGAUCUGCAAAUAGGAUAUACACAUUUAUGUGGGGUGGGGGGGGGGCUUAUUUCUUCUUUUACUUUAUUAAUUUUCUUUAUUUUAUUUUUCCUCUUAUUUUUCUAGUCUUUGCUGCUGUGAAAGGCAAAUAUUUGUUUCAAACAUUUGUCAAUUUUAUAAUUAUCAUAGCGCUCACUACUCUAAAAGCUAUUCACCACAGCAAACCCGCUGCAUGAUUAGUCACUUUCCACAUCUGACAAUUCCUGACAUAUUGGAUCCUGUGGAUUGCAUUUUUGUAGUCUUUACUACUCUAGAAGUUUCAAAGUCAGUGGACAAAUGCAUUAACAAGACUUUCCUUUACUAAUUAUUUUUAAAAUUUGUUUUCUUUUGCUUAUGUCAAUAACAUGUUAAUGAUUACACUCUCCAAAUUGCCACUUGCAUUUAUAUUUAUUUUUAUGGUCUCUUCUUCUUUGUGUUGUAUAUCAAUACUUGGGCAUCUCCAUUUUGUUCUUCUCUGUCAAUGAGAUUUGAAUUUUCUUUUACUUUUUUUUUUUGACUGAUGGAUUGUGGUUAAAUCCGCUUAGAAACUGAAAUGGAACUUUGCUUAAGCUCUUCCCAGUGCAAAUUAUUGGCAAAUAUCAUACUCCCCAUGAGUAGAAGUAGUUACUACGUUGUUUUAUGUAAAACUAAAAAAAGUAACAAAAAAAGAUUCAUUUUAAAAGCAAACCCUACAAAGUGAAAGGAGUCACUUUUGGGUGGAUAUACACCCCUAGGAGGAGACAGGAACUUCCUUUUGAUCUCUCUCUCUCUCUCUCCUCCCCCCCCCCUCCCCCUUUAAAAUAUAUUCUCUAUCUGGUAGGCAUGCAGCCUUUAACGUACCCCUUGCACACUGGUGGCAGAUGGGCUGACUGGCAUAUCUCCACACUCUCUCUGCGGAGGUUUAAUGUACUGUGUACCUCAUUUAGUUGUUUUACCCUUGCAGUUUGGUGGGAGGAAAUCAUACAUCCCCUGUGCCCUUCCAAGAGUAGGAAAAAAACAACCGAUUUCUCACCAGGCACUGUUCUUCAAUGAGAAGAGGAAGUGGAAGGGCAGGGUUACUUCUGUUAAUGAAAAGCUGCUCCUUUUAAACUGCACUGAAGAUCCUCUAUUGGGGAUCUUUGGUACACUCAUAUGGGUUGAAAUUUUCCUUGUCGGAAUUUUGAGAAUUAAAUAGAAUAUACAAGAUUACUUGAAUUAAUUAUGAAAAUGCAUCCUUCCUUGACCAUUUAAAACAAUAUUUCAAAUACUGAAUUGUUUUGUUGUGCACCCCUCCUGUUCCCUCAUCUCUGUUCUCAAAUUAUAAAUGACAGGGAAAAAUAGAUUUUUAUUUUUGAAAUCCUAUACUUAUUUCAGAUAAACAUGACCUCUGACACUUAUCAAAGAUUGCGAAACCUGUGCAUUUUAUAUUAUCCAUUAGGUAAGCAGAUUUGAUUUGGCUGUCCUGAAACUAGUAAGGAUUAACCCUUGGGACUGUCUUACACCCAACCCCCUGUCCCUGAAAUAGUUUAAGGGUCACUUUGCCUUUACAAAGGAAUGCACAUAUUGUAAUCUCUUCCCCUGCCCUCUAGUAUUACAUCAGCACUAUUGAGGUGUUGCAUUCCUUCCACAUCAGCUCAUAUGCUGCAUAAGAUGUUACAGCGGCUUGAGUUAUUUCACACUGCUGGGGACUCCUUGUUUGUACAAAUGUGGAGUAUUGCAGAGUAUUCCCUUCAUGUCUUAUUCAGACCACAGGGAAGCUGACCUUCUUUUAUUAAAGGAUCACUUUAGGGUCAGGAACACAAACAAGUAUUCCUGACCCUAUAGUUCUAAAACCACCAUUUAGGUGGCUUGCCCUCCCCCUAGUCCCUUUUAGAAUUGGUUAAAACUCGCCUUAUUUUGAGCUCUCAAUAGGUCUGCUGGCACUGGCCAAGCCCCCUUGGUGACCUCAUCGAAAUUGCUGCUUUUUAGCCAAUCCAAUGCCUUCCCAAUGCCGUUUUGGCCAAUCGGCACCAUCUCAUAGAGAUGCAUUGAAUCAAUGUAUCUCUGAGGAAAAUUCAGCAUCCCCAUGGGGACGCUGAACAGCAGGGCUGCUUACUGUGCAGCCCUGAGCCAGGAAGCCCCUCCAGUGGCCAUCUGAGGAGUGGCCACUUGGAGGUGUCCCUAGGGGCAAUGCAAACACGGCCUUUUCUCUGAAAAGGCCGUGUUUACAUGAAAAGGCCUGAAGGGAGCUAUUGUACUCACCAGAACAACUACAUUAAGCUGUAGUUGUUCCGGUGACUAUAGUGUCCCUUUAGUGACCCAUUUUUAUAGCAAUUUAAGUGUGGCACAUAAAACAAAACAUACAAUGGUUUUGGAAUAUUGGCUGAUACUUAAGAAGCUGUAGGGGCUUAUGAAUUAGAAAAGUGGGGAGAGGGAAAGGGGAUGGAGAAAAGACAGGGACAUUUUUAUAAUUUGUUAGAAGUAUUUCCCAAGGUAUAAUCCGGUUCACUGGAUCUGUAUGUUUGCAUUUACGCAAUGUGGCUUGCAAUCAUGUACAUUUAAGUUUAAAGAGGAUUUGUUUUAGAUCCAGGUGUCUGUUUUCCAUAGGGUCUAGAAAAUGAUCUACUUCUCUUGUUUUUCCAUCAUGUUUAUAUCAAUUAGAUAAGCGACCGACAACAUUCUGACCACUUGGUGGCAGUGAGGAGCUGUGGAAUGUGAAUUUUCUAAAAAUGCGGUUUCUGUGUACAUUGGUAUUGCGUCUUAAAACUUGGUUAUCUAGUUGUUGAUGCUAAGAAUGUACAAGGAAGUAUUCAAUAUUUUAUUUUUUCAAUUUUUUUUUUUUUUUGACUCAUUAAAAAUCCAGAUCAGUUAAAACAAAGGAUUUACAUAUGGGCAGUGAGUAGUGAUCGGACAGUCUGUGACAAGCACUGACUAAAUGCUUUUAAAACUGGUUGUAAACGAAAUACAGUAACAGGCUGGGUUGGUAUGUGAGCUAAUGUGAUGCAUUUUAUGUUGGGAAUUGGUUCUUGGUGACUGGAAAGGCCUGUCAAAACAAGAGAAUAUUCUUGGACCAGCAGAAGAUGAUGAUCUGGCACAAAACAUACAUAAUGGCAUAACAUGACAUAAAAGCAUUUCUCAGUACUGUUCCAAUGGGAAACUGAACUGGGAUACUGGUUAACCUGUAUUGCUAUUGUUCCUAAGGGCCUGAAUAGAAAACCAAUGCACAAGGAGCCAAAUUAAACACUAUAUAGGGUACCCUGAAUGUAUAAUAUGGAGAUUCAGUGGCAUUAAGGUCUUUCUGGUGCCAGUUAGGACUCCUGUAAAGAAUUGCAUCACUUGGGUGCUUUUAAGAACUGCACAAGUGUGAGCUCUAUGAAAAGAGUACCUGGUACAAAAAGGUGCGAAUUUAUGACCAAUUGUGGAAUAGUUUGUCGCCCCCUGUUACCAACAGGUAGAUGUUAAAAAUAGUUAAAUUACGUGUUGUACUUGUGAUUUGAAAGAUGCUGAAGAUACCUAUUCAUUUUCAUUAAAAUCCACUACUACCUAAAAAAAGAAAAGAAAAAAAAAGGCCUACUGUUGACCUGAACCCGUCUCUUGUGAGCGCCACAUCUUCUUCCUGUGAGUCCUCUUCAACAUCUGGUGCUGAAAAGGCCAUUACAUACCACUUUCUGUAACAAUUAAAUCACUUUUUAUGUAGAAGAGGAAAUUGGGACAUUAACUUCCAUGUGAUCUGUUUAUGUCUUGAGCAUGCAUCCUGUGAGUGUCCCUUUAAUGGUAUACCAUGGUCACAACUGUGAUUCGAAUGGAUAAAGGUUUAAGUUUAUAGUGCAUCUUUAUUAACAAAUUAUAUAUUGACUGUCACUAUUGUUCAACAGUUACUUAUGCUUCUGUUUUAUGUCCAGUAACUUUCUUUCCACAUUCAAAGGCAUUCUCUAUGUGAUUGUACAAAAAAAAAAAAAAAUAGAAAAAGCUUACAAAAUUGUCGUCUAGCUAGGGUUUCCACCUUUAUAAAAAAUACCGGCCAUUCUAAUUUCCAUAAUUAAUUAUACAUGCGUAAACAUCACAAGGCACGACUUACAUAAAAGAAUAAAAAAAUUUUGGAAGUAGAAAAUUCCCAAAUUUACUAAUAAACUACUUACAAUGUUUGUUCUUUGUCUGACUGUGUGUAUAGCAUUGUAAAUGUGAGGCAGUGCGUAUAUGUAUGGUCUGUAUGAGUGUGUGUGUGUGGGUGUGUUUAGUAGUGUGUCGUCUGUGUAUAACAGUAUGAUCAUACUGUUGUCUGAGCGUGUGUCGUUGUAUGCUUUGAGUGUGGGUCUACAAUUUCUGUGAAUGUUAUAGUGUGUGUGUGUGUGUGUGUGUAUAUAGUAUAAAACAAUGUGUGUACAUAUCACUUUUAACAGAGAUGGAUAUUCUACGGAGACUGAAUACAUACAGACUGCUGAAUAAACAUACAUAAGUCAUGCCUUUUGGCAGACCUUAGGAGAUUUCACCCAUUCCUACUCUCAAUCAAAUUCAGCCUGCUUUUAGCACUGUACGCUGGAUGUUUGGAUCUUCUAGCGAAGUUUCUAUAAAUAAUGGCUAUACGCUUGGUCUCAAGCUCAAUUUUAUAUGACUUGGUACUGACCCAAAAAUGUGGACUACAGAGAGCAUCAAGCUGCCGGCCUCUCAUUGGGACAAGUGGGGAAAGAAGGAUGCUCCUCUCUUUCUUGGUUCAAGUGGAACAAUUGGCGUUCUUGCUCUGUUUUGUAGCUUGGUUACCGUUACUAAAGUAAUGUGUAUGUGCCAACUCUUGUUUGCCAUUCAGAUGACUGUCUGAAACUGAUCUGAAAGACACAACCUUCAAGCCUGCAGUCAGGGCUUGGAUACCUUCUCACAAGCAUUCUGCAGAAUCCAGGGCUAUAUAUACACACAUAUUUAUGAUACUAGGAAACAGAUGGGAGCAGGUGGAAAAGUCAACUUCCUUUCUCCCCCCUAUAACUCCAUGUGUAUAGAGAAACCUUGCAGGCUUCAUUGGUUAUGAAAGAUGCAAAUGCGUCUCUACUGAUAUACCUUCUUUAAUAUCAAAAAUAGUUUUGUACUGGUAAUUGGAAUUAUAGGAAUUGUCUCACAUCCCUCUGCAGCACCAUUGCUAUCACAUUCGCUUGUGUCCGAUUAUAUAAGCUUUCUGUUUAAUUUGAUAAUGGCAACAAUUAUCAAGUUGUCUUGAUUUGUUUCAUGUGUAAUGCUAGUUGUUACCCUGUCUUAUGUUUUUUUUGUCUUUGUUUAUUCUUCUCAGAUGUUACAGGACUGUCCGAAGGCCCGCAGGGAGGUGGAACUGCAUUGGAGGGCGUCUCAGUGCUCCCAUAUUGUAAAAAUUAUUGACGUUUAUGAGAACCUGUACCAAUCACGCAAAUGCCUCCUUAUUAUCAUGGAAUGGUGAGUUUUGCAACACACAGAAUGCAUUUAGAAUGUUGAGUUUGAAAUGUGAAGUAAUUUGAACAAUGGUGAAAUGGCAUUGCAUUAGAGUGCAAAGUUAUUAAAAUCACUAAAAAUAAAAAAAAUGUAACUUUUAAAUCAUGCUGGAAUGGGAACUUAUAAGACCUCUUGGAGGUAGGUACUCUAUGAUCCUUCUUAAUCCACCUAAGCACUCUGUAAUGAUGCAAAAUUACUGCUUGGGUUACACAUCUGUAGCCCACUUCAUUAGUGUUUCUCUGCACUUUAUUGGUUUUUGUCCUGAAGGAACAUUCCAGCAUCAUAAAUAAAUACCUUUUAUAGUUAAAAUGUUUUUGAUUCAUUCUCCACAGCAUUGGGAGGCAGGAUGCAUGAGAACAAAUUGUCACAGAGAACUGACAGUGCUUCUCUACAAUAUGAGAACCCCUCACUUCCACCUGUAGCGAAUGCUCAAGGCAAAUGAGGUAGAGCACCUACUUGGCUAUCUGAUAUCUGUGAGGGUGCAACCCGGGACAUUUUUCAAAGUGUGUUUUUUUUUUUUUUUUUUUUAAAUCUGCUAAUUAUGAAACUCUGUAUGGCCUUCAAAAAAAUCACAACUAAUCCUUGUCAAUUUAAAUGAACACUAUAGUCACUACAGCUUAAUGUAGUUGUUCUGGUGUCCAUAUUCUGUCUCUGUAGGCUUUUUGCUGUAAACAAUUCCUUUUCAGAGGGUUUACAUUGCUCCCUAGGAACACCUCCAGUGGCAGUCACUCAGACUGCCACUAGAGGUGCAGCACUGACGUUCAGCGUCUCCACGCUCUGCAUGGAAACUCUAAAAUUCCACAUAGAGAUACAUUGAUUCGCUGAAUCUCUGUUAGGAGAUGCUGAUUGGCCAGUAUGGAAUUUGGCUCUGCCCCCUAUCUCAGCCAAUCCAAUCCAAAGUGGUGGAUUGGGCGCCAAGCCAGUGCUGCUGGACUAAAUGUAAGAUUUUACACUAUUUAGUUGGGGGAAGCUGCCUGUGACGGACCGCCUGGAACCCCGACCGGGUACCUCAGUCAAUCACUGCUUCCUAGUACUGGAGCACUAUAACCACUGUAAACCCCACGAACCGCCGCAGCUUGGUUGGGGUCUCCACCCACCCUAAUCCCAAAACCAGGAUCCAGCCUCCAGUGGGUAGGGCUCUCUUAGUCCCGAGAGUGUAGCAGGAACAGCUCUUAGAAGAGCUUGGUGAUUAUACUCAGGGGAGUAUAGUGAUUAUAGCAAUCCCCAGAGUGUAGUUCUCCACUCACCCAAACAUGAGCCAAGAUUUCAUGAAGGUGCAAGAUGAUCUGAUCUUUAAUGGUUCAAGUUGGCUUUUAUACAAUUCUCCAGGCCAGAAGAACACCCUCUGGACCUGAUGAGGCACAGGAACACAAAGGACACAAACCAAAUCAGAACAAACAUACAGUCUGUGACACGCUCAUGUACAGCACACAAUCCCUCCCCUCUUCUUGGGAGAUAAUUGAGUAAAGUCGUGUAAGGAACUCCAUUAUCUCCAGGCAUAAAAACAUUUCACAAAGUUUAGAAAGUACCCCAAACCAUAACAUACCCCCAAAACAUAACAUUCCCGGAUAGCCCUGAUCUGGGUUAGCAACUUAUCCAAAAAUCACCCAGAUCAGAGCAGGGGUUCAAAAGUUUCAUGGAAGUCUCUUUUUGACCGGCCGCAAGCAUAGUGCCCAAAACAGUUCCAGAGAAUUAGGCUGUGCGCCCGGUCUAUUUCCAAAGAUUAAAGUGCACUUCAAAUAGUCGAAUGGGACUGUUCGUGCACAAAGUCAGUGUUGAAGUUUGUUUGGUACAUUAUUUCUACCGAACGCGCUCUGUUCAUGCAUAUUUAGCCGAACAUAGAUGGAGGUGGAAGUCCCAAAACACAACUGACCGCGUUCGAUUAAACAAGAUGGCCGCCGCUGCCACCACGUGUUCGACUAUACGAACGGCGACCACGCAGCCGUUUCUCAUUUUAAUGUCAGUUAAGCUGCGGUUAACCACCGCUUCUGGGAGGUUAACAGGCUCAACACUCCACUUGUGGGUGGUCCGGCUGUUUGACGGUUUGUUCGGUAAAUGAACAUCAUAAGCCUAAUCCAUUCGGUAAGCUCCAUAUACUGCACCAUAGAAGGGAAAAAUCACAAACAGGGUUUUUAGCCCCAAAGUUCACCACAGGGCAAGAGGCUGGCAAGUAGGCCUCUCCAAAUCCCAGUGACGAAGGUGCUUUUGUCACACUGCCUAAAAUGGGUUUUUAACACUAUAUGCUACUACACGUGUUCCUGACAGUGUAGUGCUGUUCCUUAAAAAGAAAAAAAAAGUAAAGCUUUUUUAAGGGAAUUGCAAUGUGUAGGAUCUAGGAGGCUGGUUCUUUUCAGAUUGUAUACCGUUAUACUGCAAUCCCUUAGGAAAAUCAGUGGAUUGCUGGCACAUUAGUGGGGAGUGUUUUGAGACUAAAAGAUUUGUGUUCUUUAGACCUAGGUUUCAAAUUUGUUUCUCCCUACACUUGUGUGUAAAGCUGUCAUUUAUGCUGCUAGGAGUCUCAUUUGUUAAUUGUAAAAGCUAACGUGAAACACUUUCCAUCUUAUCCUUAAUUAUCCUUAAUACCCGUGUUCUCUGUUUUUAGUCUGGAUGGUGGUGAGCUCUUCAGUCGAAUUCAGGAUCGAGGGGACCAGGCCUUCACAGAGAGAGGUAUGCAUUCAGUUUAGGAAUUUGAUAGGAAAUGCCUCUGUCUGUAGAUAUUUUCCAUGCCCCCUCCACAUUUCCUUUUUGAACUGAAUAAAAUGUAUUAACCUCAUCAUUGCAAUUAUGUUGCAAAAGGAAAAAAAACACCAGUGUCCAUUGUUUUUGUUUUAAAUGAUUUUUUUUAUUUUGUUUGUUGCGUGAUGGAAGGUACAUAGCAAGAAUAAGGUUAAAUGCGGUGUUGCCUGCGCAGAGGCUCAUUAUGAAAAAUAUGGAUUAGUGUAUAUGGGCCUACGCAGAGGCCUAAUGUGGCUUUACAUUAUAAGAUCAGUCAUUUACACUUCAUGAGCAUUCUGAUGCAGAGCUUGUUACUUACGUUGCGUAUUGUAGCGAUCUUAACCAUAUGUAGGCAAUUUUCCCUGCAAUGUAUAUGCAGGUUUUAGAUAACUUAUCUCAUAGGGUGCAUAACAACUUGCACAGAAACAGAAGUGUUAAAUAUUAUAAGCUUAACAGGAUCUAAUUAAAUUACCAAACAGUUGCUUAAUUUAUCAUUAUGUAUUACGCAUUUCUACUGCAUAUGCAGUAGCUAAGUGGUAUCAUAUCUACCGCAUUCGGAUGCAUGGCUUGUAAGGCCUUGUCCCGUCAGAGUAGGGCUCAGACAGUAGAGUAAAUAUGUGCAUCUAUGGGCUUUUGUACCAUGUUCUCAAAAUGGCAGCAUAUUUGUGUAAAACGUGUGAUGCAGUAGCUAAGUAGUAUUUUAUCUGCCGCAUUCUGAUGCAUUGCUUGUAAGGGCUUGUCCCAUCGGCUUAGGGCUUGGACGGUAGAGUAUAUAUGUGUAUCUAUGGGUUCCUGGACCAUCUUCUCAAAAUGGUAACAUAUUGGUGUAAAACGUGUGGCGAAAUGGGACGUUUACAGCACUCAUUAACCUUAUGUAAUCAAUUUUCAUGCAAAGUAAUAACAAAAUUUCAAUAACUUACUCCGUAGGAUGCUCAGUCACCUACAACUAGCGUACGCUUAAAUCGUUAUCAAGUAUAACGCAUUACAUCUUUAAAGGCAAUGUCCUAUGCUUUACUGCGUAAUCAAGUUAUGUCUAUCGAAGCAUGCGAUUAUGCUUUCAGCAUAAUGAGUCCUGUAUGUAGUUGAGUUAGGAUAGGGCCAUCUACAUCUGGGGCCCGCAGUCAUCUCCGUGAUGGCAAACCCUCUUUUGCCCCCACCCUUGGCAGACUCCAGUCUGUCAGUGGGUAGAUCUAUGGUGCCGUGGGCACUCUGUUGCAUGGGCAGUUCAGCAGAUCUCCCCCACCCCCCCCAUAUGUAGAAACAGCAGGCCGGCUCCCCCAGAUCCGCCCUAGCGAGUCCAUGCCUCGCCCGGUUCCGGUCACAUACUUGGCACCGGUGCGGCCCCCCGGAGGGUCCGUGCCUUCUGGCCCCCGGAGGGUCCGUGCCUUCUGGCCCCACAGGGCUCACUGAAUCGGGGCAAAGUCCUCCGGCCCACCACAAAGUCCAAAGGGUCUGGCCGGUUCUGUGACAACACACCGGUCUCCCGAGGGUGGGCAUCUGCGGGUCCUGACAGGCAUCAUAGACAAUCCCACACACAUCUCACAUAGCCAGCACACCCGCUCAAGGGGAAAUAAGGGAAGAGAGCCGUGAACACCUUGACAGGAGACUUGCUCUCAUGCUCAGGACGGGGGGGGGCGACGCAAAAAGGCCGACUGACCCAGGCAACCGCUUCCCCCAACACAGAUUCCGUGAUGACCCUCCAGGGAGCGUGCAGGGGAGGCGAGGCCCCGGUUCACUCGGGGAUCUAGAGGGCCACAAGGCAGCACAUUGAAGGCAGGGCGCGGGGAGAGGGUGGAAGCCAGGCGUGGCCCAGUGGGGCAGAGCAGCUUACGCGAGGGGGAGGCAGGGGAACCGGGUCGAUCCCAGAGAUCCACAUCUCACACUAACCUCAGAAAGCGGAGAGUUCAUCUUAGCAACCAUAUCCAGAGUAGCAAGAACGGGGCACAAUACGCUUACACCCCCUGCAUUUAUGAAGGGCAACUCGCUGCGGGAGCUUCACAGAUACUGUGCUUAUUGAAUUUAUUACAUUCUCAUUUUAAUGUUAUUGUUGAAAACAUUGCUGGUCACGCCGGCCUAGCCGCACCGUUGUCUAACUUCAGUUUGAAUAUAUACGUUAAACCUUAAGUAUUAACUUGUAUUAUAUAAUGUUAUAUGCUCAGGGUGACGAACUGUCCAUAUACACGUCCUUUGGCGAGGACAGCUGACACCCCACCACGACAAGAGCCGCAAAAGGGAGACACGGGAGACUGACCGAACCAGUCCGUACAGAACAGGUGGAGACCGCGGGACGUACCACCUGGGAGCGGCUUUCCACACGGAUACAACCUGCCGGGAGACCUCGGCCCUCCUCCUAUUCCCCCACGGGACACGCGUCAAAACCAGGUGAGUGGGUCCUUGGGCCCACGGAAAGGCUCAGGACCUCACAAACACCCUGACGCAAAAACCCUAACGUCACCUAGGCGGCGGACACUUCAAUUAUUCCCCCCCACCUUACCCCUGACUCAUCCCUUACCCAUCUCCCUCCGACACCCGACGACAGAAGACUACGACAUACAUCCAGUCACUGAACAUGACACUCACACCAGCCAACCUCACAAUAGUAUCCAUCAACGCGAAGGGGCUGAAAAGAGGUCAACAGCCCUACGCGAGUUCCAUGCUCUCAAGGCAUCCAUAGUCUACAUACAAGAGACCCACUUCAAAGACGGGGCUCAACCCAGAAUGCACGAUCGGAUUCCCCAAGGGGUUCUUCAGCGACUACCACAAGGGCAAAACCCGAGGGUUUUGUAGAGAGGGAGACAAAAACGGACCGGGAGGGAAGAUACAUAUUCGUGAAAGGGACAAUCGCAGGUCAAACAUACACCUUUGCCAACAUAUAUGCCCUCAACCAGAGACACUACAGAUUUCUCUCACGGACACUACACCUACUAAGGAAAUUUAUGAAGGGCAUCCUAGUACUGGGGGGAGAUUUCAACCUGGCUUUGGACCUGAGAUGGGACACAUCCACAGGCGCCACGCACAUCCCAGCCCAACACCUAGCCGCUCUCAAAUCUCUGCUGUCUAAACAAAAACUAGCGGAUUGCUGGAGACCCCGAUGAAAGAGAUUACACGUUCUUCUCCCACCAUCACAACACAUACACCAGAAUUGACUAUUUCUUCAUGUCACACUUCCACCUCCCACUAGUCCUGCACGCGGAACACGGCAUGGUGACAUGGUCUGACCACGCCCCAGUGUCGAUCACAAUAACAUCCCCCCUACACAGACCCACGAUGACCAAAUGGCGCCUAAACGAACACCUACUCACGCUACCGGAUAUAAAAUCUGACAUCAGCACAGUCCUUAGAGAGUAUUUUACCAUCAACACACUCCAACACACGACACCAACAAUCCUAUGAGAGGCACACAAGAGCGUGGUACGGGGUCACUUACUGCAAAAAGGUGCCCUCCUGAAAAAACGAAGGGAGGCAGAGAUGACCGCGCUACUCACAGAAAUACAGACGAUAGAUAACCUGAAUAAGGGCAAACAGACACACGCUACAGGACAAGAUCCUUACACUACGUAGGGACAUGACUCGAAUACUUCAGAGGAGACUGCACUGAGACACAAAGCGUUUUUCGCCCUACACAGCAACAAAAGCGGCAAACUGCCCGCGCGUAUGUUAGCCAAACGUAGACAGCAGACAUACAUAGACCGCAUCAGAGAUGACAAAGACACGCUACACAGACUACCCACAGAGAGAUCCAGGAAAUAAUCCGAACAUACUAUGCGAACCUGUACACCCUACCCUGACCUCAGUCACAAGCCGCGGACAAACGCCUACUGGACUCCAUAAACUAUUACCUAGCCACAUACACUCUACCCACUCUAGACGGAGACACAGCGAACCUCCUCGAUGAGGCGAUCACACCCGAAGAGCUGGCCUUGGCGAUUAAACAGACUACACCAGGCAAAAGCCCAGGCCCUGACGGUCUGCCACUGUGCUACUACAAAACCUUCGCGGACACACUCUACGCACCACUCGUGGCCACUUACAAUGCCAUCAGGGAGGGCCACCACUUCCCCGAACAAUCCCUUGCGGCACACAUCACCAUCCUCUCCAAGGACGGGGAGCACUGCAGGAGCUACCGACCCAUUUCUCUCAUAAACUGUGACAUCAAACUAUUGGCCACCAGACUACAGACCCACUUGCCCCUGACUGGUAUAUCCUGACCAGGUGGGGUUCGUCAUGGGAGGGGAGGCACGUGACAACACCAUGCGCAGCCUCACACUGAUGCACGGCCGCAGAGGCGACCACGGACGCAGAGAAGGCCUUCGACAAAGUCAGCUGGAAGUAUAUGUUAGAACACUCGCACACACAGGCAUUGGCCACAAGGUCCUAGGAUGGAUAGAGGCCCUAUACACACAGCCCUCCGCCCAGGUGGUGGUUAACGGAGCCUUGUCUGCGACAUUCGACCUAAAGAAUGGCACCCGCCAGGGCUGUCCCCGUUGCUCUUCGUCCUUGCCCUGGAACCACUCUUGCUGGCCAUAAGAAAUAACCCGGCCAUCAGGGGAGUGACGGUAGGGACGACCCAACACAAAAUUGCUGUGUACGCAGACGAUCUGCUCUUCUACGUGACUAACCCAGAAGUAUCCCUCCCCAACAUACUCAAAGCAUUUCACGACUUUGGUACCAUAUCUAACCUCAAAAUCAAUUUCUCAAAAUCAUACAUACUUUAAUGUCAGCGUACCAGAACACAGGGUGUCUCCCAUGCGCCAACACUACACCUUCCAAUGGGCAACUCACAAAAUUCGAUAUCUGGGUAUUUGGCUAACAAGGAAAGAGGACGACCUAUUCAGGGAAAACUUCACCCCGAUACACACGCAAUUCCGCUCAGAGAUGCGAGAAUGGGCGUACCCACACAUCUCCUGGUUAGGCAGGAUACAGGUGGUCAAGAUGAAUUUCCUCCCACACCUUCUCUACCUCUACCAUUUUUCACCACGCUCCGCACAGCACUAGGCCGAUACAUAUGGAACGGGAAACAACAUAGGAUACGUCAUACCACAUUAACCCAACCAAAUGACAGGGGCGGCCUGGCACUACCAGAUUUCUCUUUGUACUACAGGGCCUGCCACCUCCUGAGGAUCAUGGAAUGGUCCAAGGAAGGGGUGCAUAAACUGUGGAAACCGGCCGAGGAGAGCGAGGCGGGAGUCCCUAUGGCGGUACUUGGAGGGAGACACGGACACACUCCCCCUACACGAGGGCCACCCUACAGGAGUGGCACCGCAUGAAAGGGAGACACUGACACACAACCCGGAAUUCCCAUCGGGACUAGACCCGAAAGCAUUCCAAGCCCUAAUACACGACCCAGUACCCAGACUCAGACACGUUUACAAGCCAGAGGGCAUCAAAACGCUAAGCGACCUCUGAGGAGACGCAGUCAGCACCUUCCUGACACAACUAAAAUACAGGCAGAUACAUCCCUACAUCGCAACCCUCGCACAGGGCGCGAUACUAACGAGCCCAUACAACAUUUGAGGAAGCAUGCCUGGACCCACAACCAUUGGCCCACGGGGUAUCCUUCCUAUACACUUUGCUCCUGACACUUACGCCAACCACACAACCAAGCUUCAUGGGAAGGUGGGAGGGGACCCUGGGACACACUCUUACCAGGGUUGACUGGGAGAAAAAUCUGCUACCUUACACAUCACUGCUCCAGCUACAGCAAGACUCUGAAAAACCGCGUACAAAAUAUUGACCUUCUGGUACUGCAUACCCAGGACACUACAUGCGAUCACACCAGACCAUUCUCCGAUGUGUUGGAGAUGCGGAGUGGAGAAUGGCACACUCUUGCACAUAUGGUGGGGAUGUAGUAAGAUCACCCCGUUCUGCAAGGAGAUUCACACAAUGCUACAACUCUUCUCAGAUGACCCACCCCACUUUAGACCUGCGGAAAUGUUGCUAAACCAUACCAAGAUACCCAGGUCCAUAUACAAAAAAUCCCUGACCAUACGCAUACUGAAUACAGCCAAAUCAAUCAUACCACAAUACUGGAAGCAACCUAUUACCCCACCACUGAGAACCUGGUUCUCCCACAUGUAGUUCUUAUAGGGAUUGUAGUUCCUCCAACACACAGCAGCUGGCACACAACAAACCUACCUCAACACAUGGACUCACUGGCUUCUGAAGGCGACAAAACCAGACAUCACCGACAGACUACGACUCGACGACGGAGACUGAUGACAGACCCCAACGUAACCCAGACACCAGGCAAUGACAAAAACCUGACCCCCACCACCUUCCACACCCCAACCCACUAGCUACAACUCAAACGGGACAGCUGGAACCAUCCAGGAAGCCGCCCCGUAUGGGGAAACAAGAGAGACCGCAACCACAGGAACCUCACAAGCGAUUAUGCUCCCAACACACAAGAAAAAACACAGAGAGUCACGAGGGGAACACCACAGGUUCCUCCACUGACCGACUUUGGUGAACCUAUCAUAGCGCACGCCACACAGCAGGGACUGACCUGCACCAGGCCCUUAGGGCACUUACCAACACCACAUGGGAUCCACCCACUAGAAUACCUCCAGAACAUGACCAACCAAACGAGACAUAUAGAGCAGCGUAUACAGAGUCCCUAAUAUAACCGUUACCAAAAGGUUCAUGCCCACGGGACCUGCAUGUCCUUCCACCACAGAGGGCCUGUGAGCCCACCUGGAAAUGCACAUAUCAGAACUUGUUAAUCUCCUAUUGCUUUGAUAAGCGGUGGACCUGCGAGUCCAGAAACCACCUUAUUUCUCUUGUCAAUUUAAAACCAAUAAAAAUUAAAUUUACAAAAAAAAGCCUCAGUGUGUAAAAUUCUAUUACGUCUGUUUGUGUAAAAUGUUUUUUGUAAUGCGGAGUAGAAAAUAAAUCUAUGCCUUUUUGUUAGUUGGUUAUCUUUGAGCAAGAGUGCAAAGUAUGAUUAAACUAUAGACUGUAAGCUCGUUUGAGCAGGGUCCUCUUCAACCUAUCGUUCCUGUAAGUUUCUUUGUAAUUGUCCUAUUUAUAGUUAAAUCCCCCUUCUCAUAAUAUUGUAAAGCGCUACAGAAUUUGUUGGCGCUAUAUAAAUGGCGAUAAUAAACUUAGCCAAUAAGUGAUUAGAAAUGUUAUGGGUAAGUUAUGAAAUGCUCAUCUUGUAUAGUAGUCAAAGAACAGCUCUUUAAGGUCCAUAGAUGCUGUCAUGGUGUUUGAAGGUUUUGCUUGUUUUGUUGAAAACCAGGAGUCUUUCUAGCACCCAAGAUUUGUCCAUUCUGCUUGAGAAGAGUUUUUCCUUAUUUAUUAUCUGGCCAAUAUAUUUAUAUGGGUUACUAGGAUUCUGCUGUGCAGAAUCAGCAUUUAAGGGACGCUAUAGGCACCCAAACGAUGUAGAAUAUAUAUAUUUUUUAAAUCCAUGAACUGAUUUCUUAUCUUAAACAUUUGAGUUCUACACACUGCAUGAGUUAUUUGAAGAUAGAACUUUUUUUUUUUUUUCCAGUUAGAAGCAAUUUGGAAAGACUUUUUUUCUUUUCUUUUUGUAAUGUAUGUCUAUUAUGUAAUGACUUUAAAGGACCACUAUAGUGCCAGGAAAACAUACAAGUUUUCCAGGCACUAUAGUGCCCUGAUGGUGCCCCCACCCUCAGGGUCCCCCUCCCGCCGGGUUCUGGGGAGAGGAAGGGGUUAAAAUCUUACCUUUCUCCAGCGCCGGGCGGGGAGCUCUCCUCCUCUUCUCCUCUUCGGUUUAAUGCGCAUGUGCGGCAGGAGCUGCACGCGCAUUCAGCCAGUCUCAUGGACGCUUGCAUCUUCUCACUGUGAUUUUCACAGUGAGAAGCACACAAACGCCUCUAGCGGCUGUCAGAGACAGCCACUAGUGGCUUUAGAGGCUGGAUUAACCUAUUUAUAAACAUAGCAGUUUCUCUGAAACUGCUAUGUUUUAUAAAAAAUAAAAAAGGGGGGGGGGGUUAACCCUAGCUGGACCAGGCACCCAGACCACUUCAUUAAGCUGAAGUGGUCUGGGUGCCUAGAGUGGUCCUUUAACAUCUACUUUAUUUACCAUGAACACAUAGCUUGACCUAGUUUUAUUUAACAGGUUUGUGACUGUUGUAUCAAUGCAAGCUUGAUCAGCAUUUUCAGUUGUGUGGUUUUAAACAAGUUAUUUGUUCGAAACCAUUUAAGCAGCAGACUGUGUGCAUGGUGUAGCGUGUCUGUGUACGGUCUUAUAGCACAAGUGAAAGAUGUUAGGUCUGCAAAGGGAGCUUCAUCUAGGAAAACUGGGUUAUUCAGUUCUGUGUAAAUCUGCAUCAAAAUGGGUUAAUUAACCCCAAACCUUCUGAAUGGUUUUUGUUGCCUUUUAGGUAUUAUGUUAUAUAGAUUCUUUGCUAUUAAAUUAUGUUAAAAAAAUAAAUAUUUGUGCAGCAAGGGCAUUUCGCUUUAACAAAGUGCACAGUAGCUUACUUCAGGUUGGAUAUGAUUUAAUACGAAUAUAACAACAAAUCUACUGUGGGAGGGUGUAGAUGGCAGUCUUCCCACUGUUAACCAGGAAGAUGGCUUGGAUCCAGACCACUUUGCAAUUUGUCAGGAUAACUUUGGAAGGGUUCCCAGCAAUCUUAACUCCAUUCUACGCAAGAGAGACAUUUCCAGAUCUGAUGUAACAAGCUAGCAAAAAAAAAAAAAAACAGAUCAAAACCCGUUAACAUAUGCCAAAAAAAUAACAAAAACCUCGUGCAUUUGGCUAAGAAACCUCUAAUGAGCACAUGUGUAACAAAUAUUAAGAUCAUGGUUAAAUGACAGAGCAUCACAUUUUCUGGUAGGCUAGUGGAAAGCUGUCACGGUGUGUAUGUAGAUUUCACCAGCGGUCACCUUAAAAGUACCCAUUAACUACUUCGCUGUUAGCCCUAUUUAAGAUUCCAUCUGAAAAUAAGUCAAGUGCUGCUAGCAGUUUGUGGCUAUCUGUAACAGGAGAAGCCUGCAUUCUUCACACUGAAACAUGGAAGUGGCCUGUAUUUGGAUACAACGGCAGCUAUAAUAAAAGUAUAUGGCAUUGUGUCCUCUCAUUAUGUUCCUUAUGUUUUAUUUGUAUUGCCUUCCAUUAAGGUGAAGUAUUAAAAAAAAAAAAAAAAUAGAUAGAAACAAUAUUUAAAGUGUCCCUUCUGAUGUCGUGGUUUUGUUUUUAACCAGUAGGAUUUCCUAGAAAGACUGAAAAGUGAGAUUGGCAUGACAAUGAGUUAUUGACCUAUUUUUGUUUUUGUCUCCACAGAAGCUUCAGACAUUAUGAAAAGUAUCGGAGAGGCCAUACAGUAUCUACAUUCAAUUAAUAUCGCUCAUAGAGAUGUAAAGGUAUGGUCAUCUGGGAAACCAACAAUCUUAACCCCUUCCCGACCGUGGACGUACCAGGCACGUCCGACAAAAAAUAGUCGUUAACGAUCUCGGACGUACCUGGUAUGUUCGCAGCAAAAAUGUCCCCUGGACCGGCGAUCCCGGUCAGAGGAGUAUUGCCAGAGACCCCAGCAGUCCCCAUGCAGCAGUUCUGGCCGACGGUGCCAUGUGAUCACCAUGAUCACAUAGCCGCAAUAAGAGUCUCUGGAGCUGCAGGCAGGGAGACUGUCUGAGCUGUCACAGUCCCCCAGGCUGCUAAAAAGUAAAGAUAAAGAUAAUAAUAAAUUAAAUAUUAUAAAAUAACUAAGGCAUUUUAUAAUAUAUUAUACAUAUAAUAUGUAUGAUUGCAUUAUAAGUGUACUUUGAGAUGUGUAUAUACACGUAUAUCUCAAAAUACACUUGUAAUGUAAUCAUAUAUAUUAUUUCUUUUUUUAUUUAGCGCCAGGAAAUUCCGUAGCGCUGUACAAUGGGAUUAUAUAUGUAUAAUAUGUUCUAAAAGGCUUUAUUUUAUAAUAUAUUGUACAUAUAUAGGAAAUAAGAGUGUUUUUUAUAUACACACGUUAUAUAUAUAUUUAUUUUGUGUGUAUGUGCGCAAGACACCUAAUGAUAUAUACUCUGCCCACCUCAGUAAUAUAAGAGCCACACGAACCAAGAGCCAUGCCGGCUCAGACGUCGCCCGGAUUAAGACAACCCAGGCACAGUCCAGAGAACUUAAUUCACAAGCCUUAUAUUUAUCCUUGAAACUUUCCAAAACACCAUAAAACCUGUACAUGGGGGGGGGUUUGUUAUACUCUGGAGACUUCGCAGAACACAAAUAUGAGUGUUUAAAACAGUAAAAGUUAUCACAACAAUGAAAUCACCAGUAAAAGGGCAGUUUUUGUGUAAAAAAAAAAAAAAAAAAAAACAAUAAAAAAACAAACAAAUAUGAAUGUUUACUUUGGCAAGCGUUUGUGGCUAAGCGGCUACGACAAAAGACUUGGCAUACUCUAUUUUGAAUACCCUGGGUUGUAUAAUUUUUUAAAUGGUAUGUCAUGGUAGGGUUAAUUUCCAUUUAUGGGCUACCAUACCAUCUCAAAGGCAACAUAGUCAAUUAUGUUUGACUGUAACUUUCCAAAUCACCAUAAAACCUGUACUUGAGGAGUACUGUUUUAUUCGUGAGACAUUACACUACACCGAUAUGAGCGUUUUAAAGUAGUAAAAUGUAUUAUACUGAUAUCAUCAGUGAAAUGGCAGUUUGUGUUAAAAAAAAUUAAAAAAAUUAAAUAAACGCUAAUUUUGGCCAGGGUUUGUGACUAAGUGGCUACUAAAAAAGACUGGACAUACCCCAUUUUGAAUACCGUGCGUUGUUUUAAAGUUCUCCGUACAUGUAUUCUUAAAUUGCUAUGUGUCAAAAAAAUCAUUUAUUUUAAUUUUUUUAAUUUGACAUAGCUUGGUGGUAAAAUGGUUGUACGAAAAGAGUCGUCAUAUCCCAAGUUUAAAACCUUAGGUUGUCUCCUUUUAAAAUAUAUAUUUAUAUUUAUAUAUAUAUAUAUAUAUAUAUAUAUAUAUAUAUAUAUAUAUAUAUAUAUAUAUAUAUAUAUAUAUAUAUAUAUAUAUAGGGUUAUUCAGGCAAAUAUCAAUGUUACAAUGUAACUUUCGUUAAUGUUGAAAACAAAAAAAUGAUUUGGAAAUAACAAAGUGCUAUUUGUACUUUUUGCCCUAUAACUUGCAAAAGAAAAGCGAAGAACAUGUUAUAAUUGGGUAUUUCUAAACUCAGGACAAAAUUUAGAAACUAUUUAGCAUGGGUGUUUUUUGGCGGUUGUAGAUGCGCAACAGAUUUUGGGGGUCAAAGUUAGAAAAAGUGUUUGGUUUUUUUAUUUCAGCAUAACUUACAAUUUUUUUUAUAUAGUAAUUUAUAUGAUAUGAUGAAAAUAAUGGUAUAUUUAGGAAGACCAUUUAAUGGCGAGAAAAACAGUAUAUGUUUGUGUACAGUAAAUGAGUAAGGGGAAAAUUACAGCUAAACACAAACACUGCAGAAAUGUAAAAACAUUCCUGGUCCUUAACGGUAAGAAAAUUGACAAACGGUCUGGUCACAAAGGGGUUAAAAGAAGGGCUCAGUGAGCCAGAAUGUAACCUGUGUGACAAUAAAUUGCCCUUUUAGCACUGCUUAUGUCCAAGUCCUGUUUGUAUAUAAACUGUGGAGGAAUAUGUCUGCUCAUGGAGCCCUAGGAGAGUAUUAUUUCAAUUUGGGUGUGUGUUCUCUAUCAGAUAAACCAGGAGCCAAAAUUCCAUGCAUGCUAAUCUUUGAAUACUUUAUAGCAAUUAUGCAGGUUAAAACAAUACAUUUAUAUAAAUAAGUCUUCCCUCUGAAUGUCCCUCUUCUGUGGCAGAUACCCAUGUGUUACUAUAAUCGAAAUGCUCUUUAAAAUGGCAUUUGGUUGAAGUGAUAAAGGUUUAUGAUGGAUUUAUACUAGUGAGGCUACACAGGGCAACAAAUGUAGACCAAUAAUUUACUGGCUUUUUAUUCAAUACUUGCUGUGGAUUUUUUCUGCCACUCUUUGAAAAGGAGUAUAGAGAAAGGUGGCAAGGAUGCAAAAACCACACAGUUUACACAAUUUAACCCCAUUGAUUUUGUGGCUAAUCUUCUUGUAAAUAUAUUGUGUAGAAAAUAGGAGAGCUACAGAUUAUAGUAACUAGAUUUCUCUCAUGGAAACUGCUGUGAUCUAAUAAUGUUCUUUGUAAUGCAGCCAGAAAAUCUUCUGUACACAUCAAAAAGACCAAAUGCAGUGUUAAAGCUCACUGAUUUUGGCUUUGCUAAGGAAACAACAUCUCACAACUCACUGGCGACACCUUGUUACACACCUUAUUAUGUGGGUGAGUAAGUGGAGAAUAUGGGUAUUUGCAUGUUUUUUAGAUUUUUGAACACAUCUAGCCUGUUUUAAUGUUGCCUUUUUCAAGAUUUUUUUUCUAAUGUUAGUAUGUUUGUGUUUAAAUACAUAUUUUGAUGCACUCAAAUAGGAGUCUUGUAACAAUUAAAGGGCCGUGUCCUCCAAAAGUUGAUGGCACGGUCAUUUUCAGGUAGCCAUAGAAAUGGAAUCCAUGCAAAAUAGUUAUUGAUGUGUUCUGUUCUAAAAAUGUGAAGCAGAAAUGGAAUUGAGAAGUAGUCACCAAGAGAACAUGUCUGCUGGUUCUAGUGCUUUGUCAAUUGCCCCAUUUUAGACCAUCUUUUUAGAACAAAACUGUUUGGUAAAUUUCUCCCUAUGUAUUUUGUAGGCAAAAUUUGACAGAAAAAAGUAUGAAUUAAAAUACAAACAUAUAUCUGAAAAAUUACUACCCCAAUUAAUUUGCAUGACUGUUUAAAAGAGUCCUAUUUUGCAUGUGAGCUAUAUUAACAGUGUUUUUUCUGUCUACAUUACCUAAAAGUCAUUGUGUAUAUCUUUAUCUUAUAGCACCAGAGGUUUUGGGACCAGAGAAAUAUGACAAGUCCUGUGAUAUGUGGUCACUUGGCGUCAUAAUGUAUAUUCUGUAAGUUCCAAUAUGUAAAUGUCACUAUACUGUGCUGUGGGGUAUUGAGGGAUUUAUAUGAGGGAGCAAUACAAUCUAGCCUUGAUGGUUUUUUUUUUUUAACGUGACAUUUUCUUACUCUGCCUUAGACUCUGUGGUUAUCCUCCUUUUUACUCUAAUCAUGGAUUGGCCAUCUCCCCUGGAAUGAAAAAGCGGAUCCGUAUGGGGCAGUAUGAGUUUCCAAACCCAGAGUGGUCGGAAGUCUCCGAUGAAGGUGAGAUUGGAGGAGGUUAUAAUGCAAAUAAUGAAGUUCACUUAAGUACUUCACAAUGAAAACCAAAUGUAUCAAUUUGUUAUACUGCCCACAAAGUAACCUGUUGAUUUAAAAAAAAAUUAUAGGGAGGAGUUGACCGAAAUACUGGAGUCAGUUUAAUCAAUUUUAUUAAUACCGAUGGACUUUUAGAUAUAACUCCCAUAUGUAUGCAGUGUGAAUUGGUUCAAAAAAUAUCUGGAACUGUAGAGAAGAACAAUAAAUUGGAAAGGCGAUCUUAUUUUACAUUGGCUUGUAUGUGCCUAAUUUUAAAGGGACACUAUUGUCACCAGUACCACAACAGCUUAAUGUAAUGGUUCUGUUUUUCUAUAACCUAUCCCUGCAGGCAUUUCAAUGUAAAUGUUUCCUUUUUAUAGAAGAGGCAGUGUAUAUACAUUGGUCCCUAGUAAGCACCUCUAGUGGCAGUGACUAAGACGGCCACUAGAGGUGCUUCCUAGUCUCUACGCUGAAUGCUCCCCAUAGAGAUUAGAUGCUGAUUGGCGCAACACUGCGUUUUGCAGCACAUGCACAAUAGCCGGGGGAACUAUAUUUGAUUGGCUGAGAUCAUCCAGGUUGAUGAUCACCACGGAGGUGGAGCCUGGAGGGCCAGCAGCGACAAGACAGGCACAGCAUUGGAGAAAAGGUGAGUAAAAUCACCUUUUCUAUGCGAUCGGAGUGGGGCUGGUCACCUAAACAGCCAUGCAAGCACUAUAGUGUCAGGAAUACCAGUUUAUAUACCUGACUCUCUAUAGUGUUCAUUUUAAAAAGUGAGACAGGUAAAACAAUUAACUAAAAAUAACCACCUCUCCCAUACCUAAGUUUCUGUUUGAACAAUCACCUCCCAAAAUAUUGGCCAAGGUCUUUUUUAAGGUAGGAUGCAGUGUCGGUGGCAACACAUCUGUGUAUACACCCACUAAAAAUUGAAGCUAUAGAAUUAUAAUAACUAUUAGAAAUGUAAAAAGUAAACCUGGAUAUUCCACACAAUUAAACAGCUGUCGCAUAACCUUUAAGUGCCCAUUAAUUGUUUCAUUGUAUUACGGUAUUUCUACAUAUAACCUAGAAUAGGUUAUUUUGAGGCUUUUAGGCACUGCCUUUGUUUUCUCUUUAAUGCAGUACUGCUAUUUAUGCAUUGAUUCAAUUGACUCUGGUCUUGUGAUCCCGAAAGUCCAAUCUUUACUUUUUGUAAAAAGAAAACAAAAAAUGUAAACCAUGUUUUGAUAUAAUUUGCAUCUUCUCAGUCAUUGGGUUAAAAAACCCAAAACACAAAUAUGACCAAAUGAGUACCUGUUGUGGAAUAAAGAGAAAGCAAGGACUGGCACGUUAAAACUCUGACACACUAUAUAUAUAUAUAUAUAUUAAAGCUUUUAGCUGUAUGAGACAUUUCACUGGUACUUUGUGUAUCGUAUGUGACAAUAUUUCACACAUUUAAGGCUUUCUUGAAAUGUUCUAAAACCAAAACCUAGAAAACCUGCAUGGUUAAGAUGGAGGAAAUUGUACUUGCGCAAUUAUGAGGUGUUUGCCGUAACUAACUUGCUGAAGAAUGAGAAAGUGUCAUGCUUGUCGAGAUCCUGAUUGAAUACCACGUUUAUGAAUUGCGCAGAGAGAGAGAUGGGUGCAUGUAAUAUAAUUUUAAAGAUUCUUUUUUUUUUUUUAAAUGUACAAUGGUAUUUCCUAUGUUUUUCAUAUCCUGUUGCAGGUCUGCUUUGUUUGUGUCUCUGCCAUUGUUUAAAGGAUCACUCCAAGCACCAUAACCACUACCGCCUGCUCUAGUGUUUAUGGAGCCACGAUUGCCCUGAUCUCUUUGUAUUCUGUUAAACGGUUCUAGAGUGGUUAUUAUACAUUCAGUUUUCAUCUGUAGAAGCCAGAUGACUCGAUUCUGCUGGCAUAGCCAUAUAGUGGACUACACUAAUUGGCUAAGAAAACUGAGCGGAUUCUUUCGGCCUAUGAGCGCCUUCUUGCAUGGUCCUGCUUAGCCCAGUGCACCUUACUAGCUAACCUGCAAGUAGAAACCAGGGGUUGUGGCCAUGGGCAUCCAGCAGAACCUUCAGGAAGUUGUCAAACUGUUCUAAACUGGAUUGACAAAUUACACUGGGAUGCUACAUGGCCACUCCUGGCAUUAUAACCAGUAAGUUUCUUUAUAUUGCAUCAUCACCUUCUAAACUUUUGUUUUACCUCUGUAGUGAAGCAGCUGAUUAGGAAUCUCCUGAAGACUGAUCCAACUCAGAGGAUGAGCAUCACAGAAUUCAUGAACCACCCAUGGAUAAUGGUAAGUUAUGCAACAAGGAGCAGAUACAUUUUUCCGUUAUCAAAAUACUAUUUUCCAUAGGGGUAUUUAAAAAAAAAAAAAAACUGUUUGUGAUAGUGGGCAAUAGUUGUUCUUAAGUUCUGUUCCAAACCUGUAUGAAUCACAGAAAGUGAAAACCUGCCAGGAUUCCUUGUGACUUUUGACCUGGAUGAAUUCAGCACUAAUGGCAUCUAGAGAUUCUAGCGUAAUUCAAUUUGAUGAAACUCAAUUUUGCAGCAGCUCCAUUUUGAGUAGUUUCUCCACAUCUACUGAGCUGAUAUCUCAUAGAUAUAUACUGAUCCGAUCGUUAUUUAUAUGUAUGUAUGUAUGUGUGUGUGUGUGUGUGUGUGUAUAUAUAUUUUGAUCGAGUCAGCCGUGGUGAAACUAGCACUGCGAUGGAGAAAAGGUAAGUAAAGCUAACACUUUUUUUUUUUUUUUUUCUGGAGUGGAGCCAGAGAAAUAAAUGGUGAACAGGUAACUUUUUUUUUUAAAGGAACAUAUUUGUAUUCCUAACAUUGUAUAGUGUUCUUUGAAUUGCAAUUCAAUUAUGAUAAUUGGGGUUUCUGGACACAGUCUUAACCCCAAAAUCUCCAAGUCCUUGACCGAUCGCUCUGCCCCUGCACUUCCACACGGUGUACAAGGGAUUCAGUAUAUAAGCCUUGCACUUCCCACCACUGGAUCAGUCUGCUGAUGCUCUCGGUGAAUCAGUAGCUCCCCACUUAAUAACAUGAGUGAAAAGGUACAUAUAAUUUAUUUUUGUAUUUUUUUUAACUCACCUGUUUCAAUAAUGCAUUACUGAUGGACUGAGAGCAUCAGUUGAUUAUGGAAAUCAGACAUUAAGUGGAAGUGCAGGGGGAGAUGUGAUCUGGUGCCUCCUUACAAACUUUCCAGUUAAACAGUUCAUUAACAAUUUAACUACUUCAGGUAAAACUGAGCCUGGGAACACAUCGCACUAGAACAGGUGUAGGCAACCUAGGGCACAUGUGCCAUGCACGGCACUCGAGGUGUCUUUGCACGGCACUCAAGGCUGCCAGAGCCAAACAGGGUCUGGCCUAUCAGGAGUCUCAGUGAAACUUCAGAUAUCUGCUAAUACGAAAAGGUGGUGAAGGACAAUCCUCAAUUUAUGCAUUGCAGCAUGUAGAGGAAGUGAUCUCAGAUCACUUCCUCCCAGCACUUGUGAAUGGGAAUCUACACUGUAGUAGAGCAGCCCGUAGCUCCUGUCCUUGAGCUGUACCUGGCGAACGUGGUUCCCACUGGAAACCAAGAAAGCCACCCACACUGCUAGAUAUACACUGAAAUGCAGAAUAACUCCCCUCAUACAAAAAAUACGAACAGCCCACACACACACACAAAAUGUAAUCCUCACAAACUCAACACCACCAACAAUCCACAUACAUGCACACAACCCCACUUGGAAUAUCCCAAACAGCCCCACACAUACACACAAUAUGACAUAGCCAUCAACACACGCAAUUCCACAAGCAACCAUCAUACAUAGGUAUCAUACACAACACCACAAACUACUUGUGAACAUAUACAAUAUAAUAGCUCAUAUAUGCAUGAUACAAAGCAACUGCAGAAUAAAUAACACAAGAAGAAUACAGCAACAUGCACACCUCAAUUAAAAAAAAUAGGACCGGCACGCUAUGGAACAUCACAAUCGACACUGCUGCUAAAAGGUUGCCUACCCCUGCACUAGAACAACUCCUUUAAAUGAGGUUAUGGUGCCCAGAGUGUCCCUUUAAAGCAUUUCCAAGUAUUGCAUUAACAAUUAAGAUUGACCCCAUCCUUCUAGGUGGUUUUGAACGGUUUGGGGUUUAUUGGAAUUUGUAAUAUUAGUUACUAGAGUAAAGGAAAACAGUUUACUAAUUCUUCAUUGUCAAAUUCAGCAGUCCAUGCAGGUGCCACCUACUCCUCUUCACACCAGCCGAGUCUUGAAGGAAGAGAAAGAUUUGUGGGAAGAUGUUAAGGUUAGUUUUGUCCCUUUUCCAAUCUCUCUUCUAUGGUGUCCUUGUCUUAAAGCUUUGAUUCACUCUCUUCCUCUCUUUCAUUCUCUAAUUUCUUUGCUUUCUCAAUCUUGCAGGAGGAGAUGACCAGUGCCCUCGCUACCAUGCGAGUAGACUAUGAACAGAUCAAGAUAAAGAAGAUUGAAGACUCUUCCAACCCUCUCCUGCAAAAGAGGCGAAAGAAAAUAAGCCCUGAUGUUGCCACUCACUGAUCUUGCUCUUCUCUUCCUUUUGUAACAAAUGGUGCCAAUCAUGCCAGCUCAGUGUUAACUGUACACGCAGCUUGUAAAUGCCACACUAAUGAGAGAGCAGAGGAAUGGGUCUCUUGGACGGGUUUCCAGAAUGGGACUUAAGAUUUUUAGUGCUUCUGUACGUCAUGUUUAGUCUGGAAGGUUUUAUGUUAAUUUUGUACCUUUUUUUUUUUUUCCCCCUUCAUAUCAUUUAAAGAUUUAAUUUUCUCCUUUUUUUUUUUCCUUCAAUUUUAGAGGAUAUUCGCAAUAUAUUUUAUAUGUAAAGUAUUUUUUAAAAAUGGCACACACUUGCGGGAUACCGAAAAGGGGAAUUUGAUCUGCACUGCAAUAUUCCUUACAUGUUACUAAUAAUAAACUGUGGUACAACAUGCAUGUGCCAUUUGUACAUGCGUAUCUAUGUAUUAUUCUAUACAUGCCAUCCCCUUUUUUAUCGGUGGAAUGGACAGUCACAAAGUAAUAAACAGUGGUACUGCAUAUUACUUAUUAUAUGGAAUAUUACCACUACAUGUGUUAAGAGCACAUCCUUUGCUGCACUGGCAGGCUGUGCAGGAUACCCCACUGUCCCAAGGGAACAAACUGAAUCUCUGUUACUCCAAAGACUAGUGUGUGGCCAUCUGAGUUUUAAUAUUGUGCGGUGAGUGGCUCCAUUGAUGUUAUGUUAGCUAUAUGGCAAAUUCACCUUUUUUUUUAGGAUCUGUUGUAAAUAUAGCAAAUUUAAAAGCCUGCUUUUAACCUCCUGAAAGCUUGUCAUGCUGGGUUACAAGCCUGUUUUAUUGUCACUUUUUCAGUGUUCAUAUGUACAUUUUAUUUUCCUUCUCUUUUGUGCCUGUAUAUUCAUCAAGUUGCCUUAAAUGCAACCAAAUAAUGACCCUAUACUGUUCUUUUUUUAUUUUCCCUCAAUUUAUUUUAGGAUACAUAUACCAAGGAUAAUCAUGCAUACCUCUUGGAACCUUUUGACCGUUUUAACAGUCUGUUCUCAAGCCUGAAAAUUAUGUAUUCUAAAUUUAAGGUCUAUACAAUAUGCAUGGCAAAUGACAACCUGAUCAACUGAUCGUGAUUUGUUUUUGGCGAUCUGGUUGUGAUGAUGAUGCUGCUGUAGUUGACAGUUUUUUUUAUUUUAUAUUUCAAUUAUUGUACAAAGUGAGAAGAAAAGAAAAUAACUGAUUGGGAUUGGACUCUUUCCUUUCUUGCUGUAAUUAUGGCAUGUGCUUAUAAGGAAGAAAAAAAAAUCACUACUUUUCGAAUUUAUUUUUUUUCCGCUCUUUUAAAAAAAAUCUUUUUUGGGAGGAAGUGGGGGACAAAAUCUUUAAAACACUUUUUUUUUUUUUUCUAUAGUAGCUUCUGUACAUAGAGCUAUACUUAUCUGCCCCACAAUGCACUCUCAUUUAAAAAACAUAAAAACUCUGUGAUUAGUACAGAAGGAUUUACAAUAGUUACCAUGUCCAGCCAAUUUUUUUUUUUCUUAUUAUGCUGGUAUGAAGAGUGCAAAGAAACAAGGGAGGGUCUAUUUUUAUAAUUCUGACUGCUUUUUGAUUACCCUUUUUAAAAUCGGUUAUUCUUUUCUUUGCUCCGUAAGAGUUCAACACUCCUGCAAGCAAUAUAUCUUUUGGAAUUGUUGUAAAAUUAUAAUUUUCUAUGAUCAGAUUGUUUUACUAAACUGUUUAAUAUUUGGAAAAUCUUGCUGUCUUGUUUUAAUGACAUUUGAGCACAUUCAAAUCUCAGUGUGUAUGGGGCAGUGCAUGAUGUGGAAGGAUUGACAAGAUCGUAUCUAUUAAUUAGAAUUGAAUUACAUAAAGACUUAACCAAUUAUGCUCAUUGCUAGGAACCUUUGUGAAGAAAAGUAUAUGGGCAGGCAUACGCAAGAGAGACCCCUACCAUGCCUUUAGCCCAGAGGUGACCACACAGAAGUAGAGAAAAUAGAACUGGUCACUGGUAUGAGGUGCACAGCAAAUUUCAUUGGAGAAUAUACCGCAAUGUUUGUCUUAUGUAAAGGCUCUUACAGGAUUAUUUACUAAGAAGGGG